CAGUUGUUUUUACUCUAUGACAGCUGUGUGGGCUCUGAUUUGGCCAACCUGAAUUCUUCAUGGAUGGACUGCGUGGCUAUAUUUAGAGGGGGCACGGUUAUAUUGAAGUGGCUUCAGACCUGGCUGCCUAUAGUUCUCUGUCUCCACCAGCUAGGACAGUCCUGUCGUGAACACGUCCAUCCACUUCCUGUCCUAAAAGAAUGGAUCCCCAAAGCAUGCGGGACGAUCUCCGUCUGUUUCAGAGCACUCUGCUGCAGGAUGGACUCAAAGAGCUCCUGAAUGAGAACAAGUUAAUCGACAGCGUCCUAAAGGUUGGAGACAGAAGCAUCCCCUGCCAUCGUCUCAUUCUGGCAGCUUGUAGUCCUUAUUUCCGGGAGCUGUUCUUCUCAACAGAUGGCAAGGAGACGGAUCAAAUGGAGGUUGUUCUGGAGAACCUGGACCCCAAUGUCAUGGAGGCGAUUGUGUGUUACAUGUACUCAGCAGAGAUUGACAUCAACGACGACAACGUGCAGGAUAUUUUGGCCGCCGCCAACCGCUUCCAGAUCCCCUCGGUGUUCACAGUUUGUGUGAAUUAUCUCCAGAAGAAGCUGUCAAAGAAGAACUGCCUUGCCAUCUACAGACUGGCACUGGUGCUGAACAGCGCCAGACUGGCGAUGGCAGCUCGAGAUCACAUUGCAGAUCGGUUUGAGACCAUAGCCAAGGAUGAGCAUUUCCUAGAGCUCGCUCCGCCUGAACUCUUUGCCGUUAUUGGAGCAGACGCACUGAAUGUAGAGAAAGAGGAAGUAGUGUUCGAGACCCUCAUGAGGUGGAUCCAAAAAGACAAAGAGAAGCGCGUGAAAUCCUUAGCGGAGGCCUUUGAUUGCAUUCGUUUCCGUUUGCUCCCAGAGAAGUACUUCAAGGAGAAGGUGGAGAAGGAUGACAUCAUUAAGGCUGAUCCUGAGCUUCUCAAAAAAAUCAAAGUCAUAAAGGACGCCUUUGCGGGGAAGCUGCCCGAGACGAAGAAGGGACAAGAUGGUGAGGAAGGAGAGGAGGAAAAGUUGCCCGGCUAUCUGAACGAUAACCGCAGAUAUGGCAUGUAUGCCAAAAACAUGGUUCUGAUGAUCAAUGACACCUCUAGCGUGGCUUAUGACGUCCAGGAGAACGAAUGCUUUCUUGCUGCACUGUCAGAGCAAAUCCCCCGAAACCAUGUCAGUCUGGUAUCGAAGAAGAACAACCUGUAUGUGUUGGGAGGACUGUUUGUAGAUGAAGAGGACAAAGAAAACCCACUGCAGUGUUACUUCUACCAGUUGGACAGUCUCACCGCUGAAUGGAUCGCUCUGCCCCCCAUGCCCACCCCCAGGUGUUUGUUCGCCAUGGGGGAAUGUGAAAAUCUCCUCUUUGCUGUCGCAGGACAAGAUCUUCAGUCUAAUGAGUCUCUGGACACUGUUAUGUGCUAUGACACUGAAAAAAUGAAGUGGACUCCAGGAAAAAAGUUGCCCAUGAGUAUCCACGGCCACUGUGUGGUCUCUGAGAACGGGCUGGUCUACUGUAUCGGAGGAAAAACGGAUGACAAUAAAGCAACCAAUAAGAUGUUUGCAUACAACCACAAGAGGUCAGAGUGGAAAGAGGUGGCUUCCAUGAAGACACCCAGAUCCAUGUUCGGGGCGGUUAUCCACAACGGGAAGGUGGUUGUCGCUGGGGGAGUCAAUGAGGAAGGCCUCAUAGCUGAAUGUGAAGCUUAUGACUUUGGAACCAACAAGUGGUCACCCUUCACAGAGUUGCCCCAGGAGAGGAGUUCAGUCAACCUGGUGAGCUGCGGAGGGCAGUUGUACUCUGUAGGAGGCUUCGCCGUGGUGGAGAAUGAGAACAAAGAGUGUGCACCCAGUGAAAUCGUCGACAUUUGGCAGUAUGAAGAGGACAAGAAAGAGUGGAGUGGUAUGAUCAGAGAGAUGCGUUAUGCAGCUGGAGCCUCCUGUGUGUCCAUGCGUCUGAAUCCAGCCAAGAUGCCCAAACUGUAACAACAGGCACUUUCACUUUAUAGCUGUAGGCAAGAAUAAUAUGUACAUGUUCUUAUUUAGCGGCUCGUUGUUGUCAUUUAACAUUUUAAUGUAUCACAACGUAUGCCUUGUUCCGUGUGUUUUAAUGCAAUGUAGCAUGGUUUCAAUUGGCUUAUUUCUUGCCUUUUGGGCCAGAUUUUGAGUCUGAUCUUCUAAAACACAUCAUGUGUUGAGAUUUCUCCACUAUUACCCAUUAGAUAUGAGUAUUGUUACUGUUAAAGGUUUGCAUAGAAAUAAAUGUUUUCCUCUCUUGAUCUGCAAAUGUUCCUCUUCCAGUCAAUGACAACAUGUACCUUGUAACUCUUCAGUAUUAAAAUAUAAUUUCCCACUAACAGG